AUGAUACCACAACUGCUGCAGAAGAGGGCGAUUUUCCACACCAUUUUAGGUUCCCAUGGAAGGACACCAUACGCCGAAUGUGCACAUGAACGUAAACGAACUUUAUGUGAGCUGUUCAAAAGACAUUUCGGAGUUUCUGGAAGUUACGGGUACAGCAUUUUUUCGAAAGAAGGAAAUUGUGAUUCCAAUGUAGGAAAGAAUAACCUCCAUCAGUAUGAGGAAAAAUAUACGGGUAACAAUUUCUUAAAAAAAAAAAAUUUUUAUUUUACAAAGUGGCCUGGGAGGGUGUCCAAAUUGGGAGCUUCGUACUUUUUUGGCAAAAAUUACAAUAUGGGGUUUUACCACUUGCUGAUAGAGGAAGAGGGGAAAAUAAAAAAGGACAUCGCGCUCAUAUCUAGCUGUAACGCCAAAAGUGUCCAACAUAAAAAAAUUGAAAAUAAAAUGAAGGACCUUUCCUGUGGCUACUCUGUCCAAAUUGUGCUCUCAGGGAAAGGAGUCAAGUGCUACUAUGAAGACGUCAGUUACACUCCUUUUAAGCCCACGUACAGGGGAAACACAAAGCAAUAUUAUACCUUUAAAAAUUCUCCCAUGACGGAGGUCCAAACGGUGCAGAAUAACAGUCCCCAGGGAGGUGUAAACGAAAAUGAAAAUAGUGAAGUUAGCAACAGCCCUGGAGGAAAGGAGAAAGACAAAUGGUACAAAACGAAGACAGUGAAAAAGUUGUUUGUCCGACUAGGCAUUGGAACAAAGAAUAUCGAUAUCACUCGAGUGUUAACCAUGCACAAGAGGCACGUAAGCAUCGACGUUGACAGAACGGGGACCAUCAUUAAUGUGCACGGCUUUAACAAGAAGUACGUGGGGUCCGUUUCCCAUCGUCUUUACCGAAUAGUACGGAUGAACGUGUACACCAUGAAGGGAGGAUACGUGUACCUGCACAAGCCCAAGCAGAAAGUAUCCAAGAAGAAGUAG